AUGCCGUCCUCGCCCAUCCCGGCGGCUGGACCCAGCACUCUCCAUCUGGGCGCACAGGGGGUGUCCACUCAAGGCAUCUCCCCUUACAAUUUCAUGCGUGAGGGCACCACCUUCGCCUGCCGAACCGAGCUCGUUGGUUCGGGCAGUGGUGUAGUCAAGGUGGUGGUGGGCUUCAUGGUUGGGUGCAGCAACAACUAUCUGUUGCCUGACGCGGCCAAGAGGCAUCAUUCUGCCUUGUUUGGAGGGCAAAGUCAGCCUGAAAAGGCCUUCAAGCUCCACUUCAAGGCAGUCUGCCAGGGGAAGGGAAAAGGGGAGGGGCCAUGCCAGAAAUGGAGAAAGAUGAAGAAGAGCAGGAAAAGCAGGAGCAGAAAUAGUGCAAGCAGGAAGAGCGGGAAGGAAGAGCAGCGCUCAGAUCCUUCAGCAGAGGAGCAGGGGCAGGAACAGCAGCACUCAGAAGCAGUGAGGAGCACAAAGAGCAGGAGCACAAAGAGCAGUGCUCAGGAGCAUCAGCAGGAGCAGGAGCAUCAGCAGGAGAAGGAGCAUCAGCAGGAGAAGGAGCAGGAGCAUCAGCAAGAGAAGGAGCAGGAGCGCCAGCAGGAGAAGGAGCAGGAGCGCCAGCAGGAGCAGGAGCAGUCCCUUCAACAUAGGAUCAGGGAGAGCAGAGCAGGAACAGCAGAGCACAAAGAGCAUCAGCAUCAGCAGGAGCAGGAGCAGGAGCAGGAGCAGCAGGAACAAGAGCAGCACUCAGACUUUCCAACAGAGGAUCAGGAAGAGCAGAGCAGGAGCAGGAAGAGCAGCACUCAGGCCUUCCGACAGAGGAUCAGAAACAGCAUAGCAGGAAGAGUAGAAACAGGAAGAGCAAGAGCAGGAGCAGGAGGAGCAGGAGCAGUAAGAGCGGUGCUCAGGUCCUUAGGCGGAGCGUACAUUGCUGCAUGA